GUAGGACUCCCUCCCCGUCGCUGGAGAUGAAAUGAGAGCUGGUUCCUAAAGAUAGGGAUACUAAAAAUAUGGUGAAUGACGACAAAGUAAGUGUCACCAAGCCUCAACGGGGAAUUCGAUUAAUUAGUCAAGAAUCAGAGGUCUUUCCAAGCGGAUCGAUUCGUGAUGGAGAAAGUGUUUUCUUUUGAGCUGGUUCUCCUAGGCAACUCCAACGUUGGAAAGUCAUCAUUACUCUCGCAGUAUGUAAACGGCUUUAUUCCUAAGGGAAUUCAGCGUACCGUGGGAGUGGAGUUCCUGAUAAAAACCAUUGUUGAGCCCCAUGUAACCACCAGACUUAAGAUCUGGGAUACAACGGGUCAUGAGCGAUUCAAAGAGAUAGUUCAAAAGCAAUAUACAAAUCAUGAAGGUGCCCUGCUAGUAUAUGACAUUCAUGACCGAAAGAGCUACAACGACGUGAUACAAUUGGCCGAGGAACUCAAUGAUUGGACGCAAAAACCCAGAAAAGUUAUAGCCCUAGUGGGCAACAAAGCUGAUAUAACCCUCAAUAGAGCUGUGUCUACUGAAGAGGCGGAGAAAUAUGCCGAAAGAAACGGAUUGAUAUUCUGGGAGACAUCCGCUAUUACCAACAUGAAUGUCCAUAGGUGCUUUCUCGAAGUCGCCACUGCUAUAAGAAAUGCGAAAACAUUACUCAAGCAUAAGAGGUCGUCUUGGUAUUUAUAAGUAAAAAGGCACGUCGAUAGUUGUACAUAGUUGUAUUAUAUGUUUAAUAGUUUGCAAACCUGGGGUUUCCCGACUUUGACUUCCAAGUUUAUAAACAAUAAAAUGAAUGUGUAAGCGAAAAGCCAGAGAAUACGUACAUGCCAACAUAUCGCCGACUGUUUGGACCUCCUGAAAUGUAAAUAAUACAAUGCUAGACUUGAUAAGCAUUAAAAUAAACAUUGAGUACAGUA